UUCCUUUACCACGAUGUCGACUCUGUUAGUCAAAUCAAAAAAUAUAUAUGCGGAGAGCGGGGACAAUCAAUAAAAAAAUCUUGAGAUAUUUUUGGUGGAUAGUUUACGUGCGUAUUGUUGUGAGCCGUCGCAACGUACGAGCAACUGACUAUUGAGUCUUUAUACAUAUGUUAAAGAGUUAGGAUUGUACUCUCUCCGUUCCGGUAUAUAAGACAUGACUAAAUUUAGAUUAAAGACCAAUAAAUGUAUUUGAUUCUCUCUAUAUCACUAUAUCGAUAUACGUGUGCAUAGAGACAAAAACAAAAAUUAAUUAUGCCUUAUAUUUUAGAAAGAAUGGAGUAUUAUUCAGUUUUUAGUUGUUUCUUAAUACUUUGAAAUGUGAGUAAGAGUCUCAGGGUUGUAAUGCCUUGACCCCCUCGUUCAUUGAACAAAGCAUCUCCAUGCCCCCCUGCUACCUAAACCCGUCUAGAUUCAUUGCACCUGCUGGUCGUUUGAACUUUGAACCGAGCGGCAAGCAACCCUUUCUCCGAGCCGCCCAAAUCCGUACAGCGCCCAUGCCCUUCUCACGUGCAUGCCCCCCUCCCCAAAACCGCACACACGAGAGGAAAAAAAGGGGGGCUCAUUUUCCUACGAGAUCCCGUGGAAAACGGCCGGGUGCGGCAGGAGAGGCCGGGGUGCCAUCACGUGCCGGUGACCACCGUCCUGAUCCUCAUCCCCUCGCUCGCUGCGCCUGGCCUGACGUGUCCCCCCGGUCCGUGUGUACGCUGGCGUCCGGCGGGAUAUAAAGGCGGUCCCGCACCCACCUCUUCUUCCUCCUUUUUUUCUCUCAUCCGAAUUCCCAGGCAGGCAGGUCGGCGAGGAGGGCAGGAAGACCGAAGACCGAGCCGUGCGGGGGCUCGGGACGGGAACGGGACAGGACCCCAAAAUCUCAGAUCCUUCCUGCCCGCCCGCCCGUGCCCGUCGACGCGUCGUUCUUGCCGGCCGCGCCCCACCUCCGCCCUCUCCUCCUCCAGGGGGAUCGGAUACGCCACAGGCUGCGCGAUGGUGCUGUGGGUCUUCGGCUACGGCUCCCUCAUCUGGAACCCCGGCUUCGACUUCGACGACAAAAUCCUCGGCUUCAUCAAGGGCUACAAGCGCACCUUUAAUCUCGCUUGCAUUGACCACAGAGGCACACCGGAGCAUCCGGCGAGGACCUGCACGCUUGAAACCGACGACGAGGCCAUAUGCUGGGGAAUUGCAUAUUGUGUCAAGGGUGGUCCAGAAAAAGAGCUAAAAGCAAUACAGUACUUGGAGAGAAGAGAGUGUGAGUACGACCAGAAAAUAUCCAUUGAUUUCUACAAGGAAGGAGAUCCCUUGAAACCAGCUGUGACGGGCGUCUUAGUGUUCGUUUCCACUCCAGAUCCAAUUGGCAACAAGUACUAUCUUGGCCCUGCUCCUCUGCAGGAUAUGGCAAGGCAAAUUGCUACAGCCAAUGGCCCUACUGGCUAUAAUAGGGAUUACCUGUUCUCAAUGGAGAAGGCAUUAGCCAGCAUUAGCCACGAAGAUGAUUCGAUCAUAGAGCUUGCAAACGAGGUGAGGAAGGUGCUCAACAGAACAAAGGAGACCAAGAUCACUGGUGCCAAUGCUUCCAUGAAAUCACAUGCCCCUCUUGUGCACCUGUCCGCGCUUCCAGAAGGCACCGUUGUGGACUCGAGAUAGCGACCUCUACUCGGAAUUUACUUUCAGCUCUUGCAUGUUUGUGGUUGUGGCCAUCAUGUACUGAUUUUCCCUUUUCAACAGUUGUCGUGAGGCUGUAUCGUCUGGAGUAAAAAAAAAAAAAGCUAAAAGCCGGCACUAAUAAUGAUAUUAACUUGAAAAA